UCCGGCGGUUCCAUUGACAGUCACCAUUCCUGGCGGGUGAUAAAACAUCUUAUCACUGAGAUAAUCUACUAACAGCAGCAAGAUGCCAGGGGCCAGGCACAAGAUUCUGGGCCAUGUUUUCUCAGGCUUCUGCACAAAAAUGAACAGAACUAAACAGCUCAGUUCUGCCGAUGACAACAUGGAAACUCCAUUAAAACGUUGUCUGAACACUUUCGACAUCACUCUGCUGGGUAUUGGGCACAUGGUGGGAGCUGGCAUCUAUGUCUUGACUGGCACAGUUGCCAGAGAUCUGGCAGGUCCUGGCAUUAUCUUGUCUUUUAUCCUGGCUGGCAUGACAUCCAUGCUCGCAGCCCUGUGCUAUGCAGAGUUCGGAACACGAGUGCCAAAGGCUGGUUCAGCUUACAUCUACACUUACGUCAGCGUUGGAGAGUUCUGGGCCUUUGUCAUCGGAUGGAAUAUCAUUCUUGAACACAUGAUUGGAGCUGCCUCUGUGGCCCGAGCUUGGAGUGGAUACAUAGACUCCAUCCUAGGAGGUGUUAUCAGCAACUACACCAUCGAGACUGUAGGAGAACUGCACGAACAACUGCUCGGCCGCUACCCGGACUUCCUUGCGUUUGCCGUUUGUAUCUCUUACACUUGCAUCCUGGCUAUUGGGGUAAAGGGAUCAGCUCUUGUCAACAGUCUUCUCACCCUUGUCAACCUAGCAGUCAUGACACUAGUCAUCGCAGUGGGCUUCACCUACGCAAACAUCGACAACUGGACUCUAGAUCAGAAAGGUUUCCUACCCUACGGAUUCUCAGGGGUGGUGGCCGGUGCUGCAACGUGUUUCUACGCAUUCGUUGGUUUUGACAGCAUUGCUACUUCCGGAGAAGAGGCUCGAGACCCAGCUUUUUCCAUUCCUAUAGCAACCAUCACCUCUAUGACUCUAGUCUGCAUAGGCUACAUCUUGGUGGGUGCUGCUCUCACGCUGAUGGUCCCCUACGAUCAGAUCAGCCCUACGGCCGCCCUGCCUGAGGCGUUCACCACUCUCAACCUACCCUGGGUGCGCUACGCCGUCACGCUGGGAGCGUUGUGUGGCAUGACUACAACACUACUCGGCUCACUCUUCGCCUUGCCUAGAUGCAUGUACGCCAUGGCUGCUGACGGGCUUAUCUUCUCUUUUCUCGGAAAAGUCAAUAAAACCACCCAGGUUCCGAUCAUCAACCUCGCAGUGUCGGGGAUAAGCAGUGCUUUGAUCGCGCUCUUCUUUGACUUGGAGAAGCUGGUGGAGUUUAUGUCCAUCGGUACGCUGUUGGCCUACACCAUCGUCAGCGCAUCUGUCAUCAUACUGAGGUACAGGCCCGAGGUCACUCCGCUGCUCAGGGAAGACAGCUCACUUAGCGAGGUCGGGACUCCGUCAUCCGGGGUGAUAGAGUUUGGCGUUGGUCCGGCAGGCCGGUUGAGAACAGGUUACUCGUGGCUAGAGCCGGUUGUCGGCCGGUGUGAGCCGGGUGCGGCAGUCAGCGCUUGCGUAUUCAUCUUCAGCUGUUUCUGCGCUGCUUUGUGUCUCCAUCUUCACUGGACCAAUCAGCAACAGCAGCUCAACUCUUGGUGGACGGUGCUGAUCACUGUGUUCUUCAUAUUUGUCCUCGUUGCUUGUAUCGUGAUCAUCCACGCUCAUGAGCAGAACAAGAACGGUCUGGGCUUUGCAGUUCCCCUGGUCCCCUUAAUCCCUGCUAUCAGCAUCCUCUCCAACAUUCAACUGAUGGUGCAUCUCAACACUCUGACAUGGCUCAGGUUCAUGAUCUGGAUGGCGUUUGGUCUCUUAGUCUACUUUUUGUACGGGAUUCAUCACAGCAAGGAGAACGACACUGCCACUUCAUACUCCGUUCUGCUCGGCUCCGGGGAGGCAGGAAAAAUCCGUUGGGGCUCCAUUGGAGCAGCUAAGCGGAGGUCGGUAGCAGAAGACACCAAACCCAUCGUAGACGAGGAGGAGCUGCCCCAAUAAAUGUCUUGGUCUUGGAAAACCACAACUCAAAAGUAAACCUCAGUUCAUCAGUGAUGGGAAUUUGGAAGUCAGAAUAUUUGAAUUUUAAGUUCUCUAGUGAAAUAUGCUUACAUUUCACACCCUUCCGAAGAGAUGAAUUAAGGGAAUUCAUUUAAGUUAUUCAACCUACAAUUAAAUAUUAAUUUGGCUGAGAGCCUUGACAAGUCUGGAGUAAUCUGACUUAAAUUUUUAAAUCUUAUCGAGGUUUGCAAAGAAACGUGAUUAGGGGUCCAAUCAAGGGAAACCAAAUCAAGGGCAUUUGAAAACGACACUUGUAAUCAAAGGUUUUGCUAUUGAGGUUCCACUGUAGUUCUUAAUAAUCAGAUGAAACCAGCGAUUCACAUUCUUAGUUUAGUUAGGCUAAAAUCUAUGAGGCAAAGGCGUUAGUUAAAAAUGUCUCUCUACUUUAUUUGCUGGACGUUAACCUUUAAGUACUGGUUUUAGAAAUGUUUUCCAAACUAUUUUGUCAAGAUAAUCACUUUAACUGAAUCACCCCACUCUGAAGUGGAUGUGAAAUCAAGUUCUAAGAUAGAAUAUGCAUGUUUUGACAAAAUGUGUCUAUUUGAAGGAUUUUUGUUAUUUCCUUCAAUCAAACAUAUCUUUGUAAAUGUAAUUACGAUCUCUGAAAGUAUAACCGUAAGUCCGUGUAAGUAUCUUGACACAGAAUUUUGUCAGUUGGUAGACCAUCUCAAUAGGUACCACAUGUUUUGGCUUCAAAUUUUUAAAUUUAAUGGGAAGUCUAAUGGUAACUCACUUGGAAUGUACUGUAAAGGAGCAAGACGAGGUUUAAUGGUUAAGCGGAACUAAUGUCUCACACCGUUUUGUCUGAAAGCCAUCUGGUUCAAAUCCUGUCAAUCACCAAUGCUUUUAGCUGCGUAAUAUUAUGACUCAAUGGCUCAAACCCAGCUUUAUGAGUAGGUCAAGCUAUCUAGAAAAUAAACAUAUGGGCCUCUCACAUAGAGAAAUAAAUUUCUUAUUGAAAAAAAUCCCUAAUCUGGGAAAUAUUUGAUAUUUUUUUAUAGAAAUAAGUCAAUUAAUAGGCUACUAAAUUAUACGUCAUCCUUCACUUUGGGUAACAUAGGUAAUGUUUCAAACGCCAAUGCAUUUUAUUGGAAGUUAUAUAUGUGGCAAGAAAACCGAUCCAUUUUCUGCAGCGCACUGUUCAGCAGCAGGUCGUCUGAGAGUGGUGGGGGAAGGCUCGUUGGAAAGCCUACAUGACCAUUAUCUGUAUUCAUAGAGCAGUGGUCACCUGAGCAACAUGUGUUAGCUAUCGAGUCAAUUUAACUUUACUUUUUUUAAACGACUAAAUAACAAACACACGUUGCUCAGGUGACCACUGCUCUAUGACUACAUAUAAUAGCAUUGUGUAGGCUUUCCAACCCCCACCAGCCUCACACGACCUGUCGUUGAACAGUGUGCUGCAGGAAAUAGAUCGGUUAUUUUGCCGCACCCUGUAUUAAGGGAAGUCUAGUUAAAACAAAAUACUUAAGCAACAUUGUCUAGUGCAAAUGAAAAAAGGUUUGUGUAAAGUGUCAAACAGAACUGUAAAAAUUUAAAUAGGAAUGAGUAUAAAGCUUCCAGCACUGGUAACUUAGAAUGUAGAGUGCAGUGCAAGUAGGUUAGUUGUACAAAUCUGUAACCACAUACUUAGAACAUUUUUAGGCAUUGACUUAAACCAGAAUACAAAAAAUUUAAACAGGGAGGGCGGAUAAAAAGUGGCUAAUAUAAGUUCUUCAUACAGCAAACGUAUAUUACAAAUUCAAUCAUGAAAAUAGACUUCCUUGAAAGAACCCCAGUAAAAUAUUUUAUCAAGUUUUAAAUAUGUAAGGAUAAUGUAGAAGUUAUGGUGGAAUACGGAAAGAAACGUUAAUCAUUGAUAAUCAUUGGUAACAGUGAAACAUGUCUUUACAUUUAAGGUUGUGUUGUUUAAAUAUCCUGGCUUUAUACUGAAUUUUUUAUUUUUAUAGAUUAUAAAUUUAUUUCUGUAAAAUUGAUGUAGGCCUAUAACAGUGUGUGAUAGUUACCACUUUAAUUCAAUAGGUAGUAAAAAAUAUAGUAAUAAUUAUUCAAGUUACCACACACCAUGUAAACAGUUAUAUGUGUUACAACAACAACAAUUAUAUAUGUUUUUUAAAAAGUAUUUAAUCUUUGCUAAUUUUAUUUAAAUAUAUUGUGUUACACAGUAAGUUAAUUUUGAAGAAUAUAUUAAGAUACAAGAAUCUAGUUUUUUUACUUUGCCGUUAACCCAUUUAGAAGCAUAUAACACAUGUAUGAAUAUAAGAGCAAUUCAUUUUGGACAUACAACAUAAAACAGAAUAUUUUUAAUCGAAUAAUACAAUUUCUGUGAGUUGUAUUUUUUAUUGUUUAAUUUUAAUUGUAAUGCAUCUUGGAGAUCAGUGAAAUAGUAUGGUUGAGAGCACCGACUGAUCAAAUGACAUUAACAUUCAUACAGGCUUCCUUUUGGUAAAUUAUAGUCCAACUUUUAUCACAAACGAAAAAUUAAUGAUAACAGUUACAUAUCAUCAACAGGUACUAUCAAUGGAUUUUUUGUACUAGGAUAAAUAGAACGGUUUUAUAAAAAAUGUUAUCCUACGAUAGACAAAGAGAAGCAAUGACAUAUUUUAUAUUUCAUUCACAGUUCACUCCCAAAUAAUUAAUUGAAUGAUUAAUUUCAUAAUUGAAUAAUUUUGGCUAUCGUAAAUUGGUCUAAAAAAAUAAACAAAUCUACUCAAAUAACUCAAUCUUGGUUGUAAAAACUAAAAUGUUUAAAAAUAUUGGUGUCAAUCUACUCCUCAAGUAUCUUUAUAUGAAUGAACACAUCUAGCUCAAAAAAGGUCUUUACUGACCUUUCCUCAAUUGGACAUGUUGGAUUUAUCAAUAGAAACUAUUGAAUUAUUUAAUGUUAACUUAAUUAUUUGUUACAGUAUUUUAUUAAGGUAUUGGUGUUAUUACUAAUUAGUAAUAGGAAUGUAAAUAUUGGUGUCUAUUUUCAGAAGUACCAGAACUGCAUUUACAUAUAAUUUACUGCCGUAGUUGUUACGUAUUUUAUAAAACGUAAACUAAAAAGUUUAAUGUUGAUAUAAGUUGCACCAGUUUGUGGCGUUUAUGUUGAUAAGUUAUUUUCAAACUGGAUUUUGCAAUCAGGAAGGAUGGUAUUUUUCUGUUACAGAAUCAGGACAGAAUGCUUUUAACUUAUACUUUUAAGAUAAUACUAUCAGCAGCAAAGUAAUGACAAAGUAUUACCACAAAAUAAAAAUGUUUGGUUUUGUUCCUCUAGAUACCAUAAGGUGUUAUUAAAAUAAAGUUGUUAUGUUAUUUUAUUAGAUUUAAUAUAUUCAGGUUAUGUAUCCAUAAAAUAUCAAAGACAUUGUUAAACAUUUUUAACUCUACUAUAAAAGAUUCCAAAAAGGCUGUAAACUAUUAUAUUUUAUAGUUAGCUAGGAAAUAUAAAUGUACACUGAUUAAGCUUUAAAUGUUAGCCUCCAGGCCUAAUAAUACAAUAGUAUAUUUUUUAAGACCUUAAUUUUCAAGUAGCAAUAGUUGUUUACGGACAAAGUUAUGUUGUUUUGUUAGUCUUAGUUGAUUAGGCCUACCUUUAUAUAAUUUUUAGAAUAUGGAUUUAGAUUAUACCUACGUGUUACACUGCACAAUUAAUCUAGUGCACAAAUAUUGAAUAUAAAAUGAACCAAAGAUAUUAUUUUAGAUGGAAAUAAAAAAAUAUUUCUUA